UUUCCAGAGCGCUCAUCCCUCCAGAGAAAGAGUUCUAGCCUCAUGGAGGAAAUUCCUCUGAGCCAGCCAAGUCCUCGAGGGGAACAGAGGUUCAGGAAGCCAUGGCUCUUAUGCAUAGUUCCUCUGUUGCUGCUGCUGUUCUACGCCACAGGUGCACUGAUCUUUACUUCACUCAAGCCAACUGCCAAAGACCCCUGCAUGGUUAAGUUUGAACUACUACCCUCAAAAUGGCGAAUGACAUCUCCUGAACCUCUUUGUGUAACUAUGACAUCUGACGGGAAGCUGGAGAUACUUCAGGAUGGCGUGUAUUUAAUCUACGGCCAAGUGACUCCUUUUCCUAAAAAAACCAUAACAAACCCUGCUGAAUUUAUAGUAGAGCUAGUUAAAAAAGGAAAUGUUUUACAAUCUGCAACAAAUGACUUUCAAUUAUUAACUAUAGGAGGGAUUUAUGAACUGCAUGCCAGAGAUACCAUAUAUUUGAGGUUCAACUCUGAUGACCAUGUUCAGAAAAAUGCUACAUACUGGGGGAUCAUUUUAAUGCCAGAGCUCUCAUUCAGCUCCUAGAGAUUGAGUUUGGUCUCCUGCUCCUCCUCAGUGUAUCCAGAGAUGCUGGUUGUUGGGUUGGAGGGGUUCACUAUUUGCAAUCCAUAUAGUUUAUGAGGGCUUACAAAUCAACGCACACAGAACCUCUUGGCAUCAUAAGAUUUUUAACCCUUGUUUGUCUGAAGAAGACUCAGCAAAUGGGCCAAAUUCCCUGAUGUUGGGUCUAGGAAUACAUUUUUAUAAUUCAUGAUAAAAUGAGUAUGGGCAGCAGAAGACAGAAACUCUUCCAAAGAAUGUCUGUCUAACCCUUGAAUCUCUGGGUGGAAAAUGAGGUCCUGUUUCUAUGGGAAUCUUACUUGGCUUGCAAAAAGGGUGUUGGGCAGUAGCCUGGCCUUUUUUCAUCAUAAUUUCCUUGAACUCUUUUACCUUAAUCACUUUAUACUCUCACCUUCUGAGAGCCUCCUAAUGAAAAGCUGUCAGACUGGUGGGGUGGCCAAGAUAUGCCAACAACACCCCCCUUGGUUGUGGUAUUUUUAGACAAUAGAGAACACUAUGAAACCUAUUGGGACAGAAGUAGAGCUAGCAUGGAAUGAAAUUUAUCUGGGAAUUUUUCUUGAUUUCAUCAUUCUCAGGAUGCAGGUUCAUUCUGAACUUUCACGUAAGCCUUCAUUAUUUUUGUGUGUAUGUGUGUAUAAAUACUGCAAAUAGUAAAAUGAGAGUUUUUACUGGUAGUCGUUAGAUUUAACCCCAGAAAUUGGUACUUCUCUGGCUGUAUUAUGUAAUGAUUCCAGAUUUUUAGCUGGUGUUACCUAAUUGGCAGAUACAUCAGUUUUCCUAUACUGAACAACUUUAUGAUGUUAGUGGGGCAGAUAUUUUUAGAAAAAGAAAUCAAUAAGAACAUGGAUAGAUGGAUCAUAAGACUCUUACUUCGACUCAGAACUCACAACAAAUGGAGUGGGGUUUUGCCAUUCACAUGGUCUCUGCUUUGAAACUGGUAUUUCUACUGUCUCAUUAUACAUCUCUAAAAUGGAAUAAAUUCAACUUUAAAAUGGAUGCAUCACCUAAGGUGGCCAGAAUGAAGCUACAAGAGAGCUUUUCUUUACCAUCAGACAUUUUCCUCUUCUUGCCUGGAGCAAGAAAAGCCAGGAUCCUGUUGGAAGAGCCCAUCUCACUGAAGCAUGCUGACUUCUCAAAGUAAUAAAGAACAGUCAUGUUCAAAUUUUGGACUCUGUUAAAUUUAACCAGCUUUUAAGUUCUUGUUGAAAAGUAUUUUAA